GAAUAAUGAAUAAAUGAAUUGAUUUUCAAUGGUUCCACAUUUACUGUCCACACAGAGACAAACCUCUGGACCAGAUGGUUCUAUUGAAGCUCAUUUUAUUUGUAAUAAUGUGGUGAUUGUCUCAGACUGUUGUGUAAACACAGUCAUCAGACUGAAGAAGAAGAAGAAAAAAAAAAAAGAAAAAUCCCAGAAACCUCUGCCUUCACGGCUGAUGACGGCCUCCGGCUCCACACUGCUGACGAACACUGCUCUGCUCCUCAGUUACCGUGGCAACCAGGGCGAGCAGCCAGACAGGAGAAGGCAGAGGGGAGGGGCAAGAGAGGGAGAGAGAGAGGGAGAGAGAGGGAGGGAGAGACACAAGCAUCGCAGCGACUCACGGAGCUGCAGAGAUAAAUCUGCACCGCGGCAGAAUCCAUGUUGACUUCACAGUCCUGGGAAUCCAGACCUGCAGCCGAGGACUGAAGGACACAAAGGAGACGCAGGAGACGGAGGGAGACGGAGGGGACGAUGGAGGUGCAGACGGAGAACACGGAGCCCCCGCCUGCCGAGUCGCAGCCGGGUGGGAAAAUCAGGAAAGGAUUCAAGCUGUUCGGCAAAAAGCCAGGAAACAUCUUCUCCAUCAGGAACAAAGGUGACGGGAACAACAAGACACCUGUGGUCAGGAGCCGAACGCUGGACGGACUGUCGGAGAGCGCCGCCCCCGACCCCGACCACGACCACGACCCCGACCACGACCCGGACAGGACGCGGGAGGCCAGCGAAGGAGAGAAGGAGCAGGCGGACGAGGAGCCCCUCGGUGAAGAUGGCGUUCUGGCAGCCUCUCCUCCUCACACCUCCAUUUCCUCCGCCACUUCGGCCAAGUCCCUCAGCUUCCUGUCGCUGCUGAGAGGGGGGCGCAGAGGGGCGGGGGACCGGCAGGUCCACACCGCGUCACAGCCGCUGGGCCGCCAACGCCGCGGCCUGAAGGGUCUCUUUGGCAGCGUGAAGAUGCGCUCCAGAGACGAGAAGGAGGAGAAGGAGGAGAAGGAGGAGAAGGAGGAGAAGGAGGAGAAGGAGGAGAAGGAGGAGAAGGAGGAGAGCCCCCCCAGCCCGCUCCUCAUGUCCUCGCGCUCCAACAGCGUGGAAAUCAUCAAAGAAGACCUGAGUCUCACCCCGCGAUGUCAGCCGCGGUCAGUGGGCAGCCCCGGGGGGGGCAGCCCCGACACCGUCAGGAGCCUCGCCUCCCCAAAGAAGGAGGUCACCGCUUCACCGGACCUGGACGGGACUCGAACCCCUGACCCUCCACUGGAACCUGGAGAUGCCAGUCUGAGCUCCCUGUUGGAGGACAUCUCCUCCCUCCUGACCUUUGACUCCAUCACAGGAGGUGGAGACAUCAUGGCCGACGUGGAGGCAGAGUGGGGCCGAGCCAGCCGGGCCCUCAGUGGAGGGGGGGGUGAGGGGUCACCGUCGUACAGGUCUAUCUUCUCCAAACCCCUGACCUCCUUCACCGUCAGUUCACCGUCAGCGACUAAGACCGUCCAAUCAGCAGCCUCCGGUCCGGGGGCGUCUCCUGUCAAACUGAGCUCCUUCCUCUCCACACAGACCACGCCCCCUGCUUUGACCACCAACCUGAAGCCGUCAUCACCCGGGGGUGAACUCUCCACCACCGCUCCACCCACGAGUGGAUCCACACGGAGCUCCGCCCCCACCGCGGCGUCUGCUGCGGUCAGGACGACUCCACCUCUGACCUCCACCUCCGUGGACACCGUCAGUCCACCUGUUGCUGCUCCACCUGUAACGACAGUGAAGCCAUCGGUACCAGGUGGACCUCCUGUCAGUACCAGAACCCUGGACUCAGAACUGGACUCUGGUCCCAGGUACAAACCUUCUUCAAGUCCAGGUAGAAGAACUCCUCCAGGGUCUCCACCCGUCUCUCCUACCCCCGUCCCUCCUACACCCGUCUCUCCUACACCCGUCUCUCCUACACCCGUCUCUCCUACACCUGCAGCUGCUUCAUCGUCUGUGACUGGUUCUAAACCCGACCUCGUCUCCAACCACGUGGACCAGAACAAAACCUCAACAGUCUCUGGUCCAGAUCGUCCUCCAUUUACCCACAAUGCUGCAGCAAAAACCCAACCUACAAUUGGACCUGGACCUCCUUCUGGCUCUGGACCUUGUCCUGGUUCUGGACCUCCUCCUGGUACUGGACCUCCAGCUAGUUCUGGACCUCCUCCUGGUUCUGGACCUACUCCUUGUUCUGAACCUCGUCCUGGUUCUGGACCUUGUCCUGGUUCUGGACCUCCUCCUGGUUCUGGACCUCCUCCUGGUUCUGGACUACCUCCAUCAUCAUCUUCUACAGAUAACUUUUGUCCUUCAACCAGACCUCCUCCAGCAGCGGCCUCCUCAGACACGGCUCCUCCAGCUCCUGUCAUUAGGAAUGUUCCCCUGACCUCCUCCUCCUCCUCCUCCUCCUCCUCCUCUCCUCCUCCUCCUCCUCCUCCUCCUCCUCCUCCUCCUCCUC